AUGACAUCCUCAUCAUCCUCUAACUCUGCUCCAGCCUCUUCUUCCCAGUCAUGGAAAUAUGAUGAUGAUGAAGCACUUCCCCGUGGUAAUUCCAUAGGUCCAUCUUUGUUCAAGGGUAUCGAAGAAUCACAUAUUGCUGUUAUAGUAUUCUCCAAAAACUAUGCAAAUUCUUCGUGGUGUUUGGAUGAGCUUGCAUAUAUUAUGAGAUGCAGGAUUGAGAUUGGGCUAAUCGUUAUGCCCAUAUUCUAUGACGUGGAUCCUUCACAAGUUCGACAACUAAGGAAUUUCGAAGAAGCAUUUGCCAAAAAAGAGGCGAAGAACGUCACCAAAGCUGAAUUGUGGAGAAAAGCACUUUUUGAUGCAAGUAAAAUUGCUGGAUGGGAACCCAAGCACAUUGCCAAUGGGUAA